AUGUCCUCCCUGACAGCUGCGGUUACCAACUUUGUACAAUCUCUUGCCGUCAUCGGCUCGUCCUUGCUCAACUCUGUCUUCGUUGUAUUCCAGGCUGUUCUCGCAUUGGGAGAAGAACUCUUAGGCAGUGUCUUGCAACUAGUGCAGGCGUUUGUCGUGUUUGGCACGGAACUGUUUGGUGGUAUAAUUGGCUUUGUAGCAGCCCAUUUCGUUGUCAUUUUGGUUGCUGGAGGAGCAUAUUAUUGGUACACCUCUGCGCAAGGUAACAAGAAGAGCGCAAAGAAGCAUAGGUAA